AUGGUCACCUGGGGUGCACCAUCACGAGGAGGUCUGGCCCUCCUGGCCGCCUCCCUAGCCCUCACCCAAGCAGCCAUCUUCCCCCGACAGAGCAGCGAGGCCCCGCGCGCCUGGGUCACCGUCGAAGCCGAUGGCGCCACCAAGACCAUCACACCCACCGUCAACGACGGCAAGACCACCUCAGCUUUCCCGGGCAACACCGCCCUCCCGACGGCCGAGGCACAGGGCGGCGGCGCCUUCGUCCUCUGCAACCCGGCCGCCGGCUCAGGGGGCCUCGCGCAGCCGUUCUGCGCGCCGGCCAAGGACAAUCAGGUGGAGGGCGGCAAGACGUACUUUGUCACCUGGGACGCCUCCCUCUUCCCCUCCACCAACACCGUCGUCCAGGUCCAGGGCGACUACGGCGUGACGAGCACCAUCAAGGAGCCCGGGCACGGCUUCUCGUCGCUCGAGAUCCCCGCGUCGGCGGGCUUCUUCGAGUGGGCCGUGUUGGGCUACGACAUGCCCGCCGGCGAGGCGAUGGAUGUGCAGCUGUUCCUGGCGAUCCCGGCGGCCAACGGCAGCAUCGUCGCGCGCAACGCGGGGCCCAAGGUGCGCGUCAUCAGCAACAACCGGACCUCAAUUAACGACCCGGUGCGCCGCAAGGUCAACGUGCUGGGGAUCGUGCUGCCCAUCGUGUUCGGCGUGCUGUCGCUCUGCGGUAUUGGCUGGUUCGUGUGGUGGUAUGGUAGGAGGAAGGGCAUGUUCGCGUCGCGCAGCCAGGGGUAUGGUAUUGGAAAGAGCCGCGGGCAGAGGACGGACGGGUUGAGGCUUGCGGACGGCACUUUCACGUCGGCGAACCGCGGCGGGGUGGAGAUGAUGCCGCCGCCGAGACCGCCUCCGCCCAGCACCGGUAAUGCCUUCCGCGAUGAGUUGAACAGACAGGAGCGGAAUAAUGAGGCACGCAGCGAUAUGAUGUAA